ACUGUUUUGUGCAGACAAUGUGGGGGUAAAAUUACAAUGAGUUCGAUGAAAAAUGAUGCGAGUUGGGAGAUUUGAAAACUCACAAUCUUCAGUUCUGGUGCGAAUUCAGUCUGGUGUACGAGCGGUUUUGGAGGCAUGUAUCAACAAACUGAUGCAGGGUUAUAGCUCUGGGAAUCUGCUUGGGAGGUUGAACAAUCACCCGCAUUCGGAAGCGCUCCGCCAUAAACGAAUCGUAUCGAAGUGGACGGAGGGAGAUUACUGAUUGACUCAGUGUGUUGUACUCGUGCACGGAUCCUUGCGACUUUUUCUCCCAUUUUCGUGUUUAAAACCAUUUCGCCAUAACUAACUACGUAAUAUGUGCUUGAUUGCCUCGCCAUCCAUCCGGGAAGAGGAGUGUGAGGGUUCAGAGUCGGAGAGUCUCGGAGAUAGGAGGCUGUGGCAUUGUAAGGUUGCAGGAGUUUUGCAAGGAUUUAACCUUCUCUUUCGUUUUUAGUUUCUGUGAUACAAAAUGUUGGUCGACAGCUUUCGUGUUGAGAGUCCUCAUGUGGAAUACACGGAGGACAUGAUCAAGUCGAGCUAUGAGUACCAAACCACCGAGUUCCUGCACGAGCAGCGCAAGAGCGAUGGCAAGUAUGAGUGGGUAGCCAAGCCCAAGUCCGUGCCAUACCAAUUUGCCACUCAGCGCAAGGUGCCUAAGCUGGGAAUGAUGCUCGUCGGUUGGGGUGGCAACAACGGGUCCACUCUCACGGCUGGUAUCCUCGCCAACAAAGAAGGUAUCUCAUGGGUGACCAAGGAUGGCGUGCAGCACGCCAAUUACUUCGGAUCCCUCACUCAAGCCUCCACUUGCCGCGUGGGCUCCUUCCAGGGUGAGGAGAUUCAUGUACCUUUUAAGAGCAUUCUACCGAUGGUCAACCCCAACGAUCUCGUGAUCGGCGGUUGGGAUAUCUCCAACAUGAACUUGGCCGAUGCCAUGGAUCGUGCCCGCGUGCUGGACAUCGAUCUACAGAAGCAACUUCGUCCUCUCAUGCAGGAUAUGGUACCCAUGCCUGGUAUCUACGACCCCGACUUCAUCGCUGCUAACCAGGAGGCUCGUGCGAACAAUCUCAUCAAGGGUUCCAAGAAGGAGCAAAUGGAGCGGAUUAUCCAGGACAUACGGAACUUCAAGGCGCAAACCAAGGUUGACAAGGUAGUGGUACUGUGGACCGCUAACACAGAGCGUUACAGCGACGUGAUCGUGGGUCUGAAUGACACCAAGGAGAAUCUGUUUGAUUCUCUGGAGAAGGGAGAAAAUGAAAUCUCGCCGUCGACCUUGUACGCUCUCGCUUGCAUCCACGAGCAGGUUCCCUUCAUCAACGGCAGUCCCCAGAACACAUUCGUCCCUGGAGUAAUUGAAUACGCUGUUGAAAAGAACUCAUUAAUUGGUGGUGACGACUUCAAGAGCGGUCAAACGAAGAUGAAAUCCGUUCUAGUGGACUUUCUAGUUGGAGCGGGAAUUAAGCCAACGUCAAUUGUUAGCUACAACCAUUUGGGCAACAACGAUGGAAUGAACUUGUCCGCCCCUCAAACAUUCCGUUCCAAGGAGAUCUCCAAGAGCAAUGUAGUGGACGACAUGGUGGCUAGCAAUUCGAUUCUAUACGCGCCCGGUGAACAUCCCGACCACGUUAUUGUGAUCAAGUACGUCCCUUAUGUGGGUGACAGCAAGAGGGCAAUGGACGAGUACACUUCGGAGAUCUUCAUGGGCGGACGUAACACAAUCGUCAUGCACAAUACGUGCGAAGAUUCUUUACUGGCCGCGCCGCUCAUCUUGGACUUGGUCUUGCUGGCUGAGCUCUGCACAAGAAUCCAAUUCAAGGAAGACGGACAGGAGAAGUUCCAUUCUUUCCACCCGGUUGCCGUACUCCUGAGCUACCUCACCAAGGCUCCCUUGGUACCCCCAGGUACCCCAGUGGUUAACGCGUUGGCUAAGCAGAGGGCGAUGCUAGAGAAUAUCAUGCGCGCGUGCAUUGGGUUGUCCCCGGACAAUAACAUGAUGCUAGAAUACAAGUAGAAGGAAUUCGCAUCAGAGAAGGCCAAGCCUGGGUCAUCCUCAACAUCCCGGACGAAUCGUGCUUGGAAGUAACUCUGGGCAUUUCCCAGAUGUACAGCAUCUGUUUCCCCUGCCUGUGCGUGACUGAUCUUCCAAGGAGCGAGAGUUUGGAUUGCUUCAAGCUAAUUCUUUCAUAGCUAACCAACGAUUAUUGUGGCUGGCACAGAAGGAGUGAAGUUUGCUGAUGCAAUAGACAAUAGAGCGUGGAAUGAUUCGGCUAAAUAAAGAGAAGAAAAACUGUUGAUGCUGGUACACUAGCUGCGCCAGUCUUGAUGAGAAUAUGAGCAAGAAGCGACCACCAUUUUGUAAUUAGCUGCUUAUGGGUUCCCACCAAACAUAUUCUUACGAUUUUUGCUGAAAGCGGUCGUGGUGUAUUGAUCACAAAACUUGAGAUUGCUCAAAGUCUCCAUCAAUUGUAGUACGCGGGCAAGAUUGAAGUAUUAACACAAUUAGCUAUUUAUUGUGUUAAUUGUUUGCUUUAAUGUAAGAAUUUUUGUUUAAAGAAAUACAUGAUGGUGAGAGCAGCUAUCCUAUCUUCACUUUU